AUGUCAACCACCACGACCGUUACGGCAUCCGCAUCAGCACCGCCAGCAUCGCUCAGUUCGGCGCUGGACUCGGGCAAGACGGGUAGCGGCACGUUCAAACGCCUUCACCAGAUCCCGGUUCCCGAAUCUAAAGAAGCCGCCCGGAAAUGGCAGCUGGAACAUAUGGCGGCCGCGUUUCGCAUCUUUGCCAAGUUGGGCUUCUCUGACGGCAGCAGUGGGCAUAUCAGUCUACGCGACCCUGUCAGACCGGAUACGUUCUGGAUCAACCCGUACGGGGUGCACUUUGGCGUUCUCAAGGUGUCGGACAUGGUCCACAUUGAUGAGGACGGCAACCGUAUCGGAGGUGCCGAUAAGCCGGUCAACACCGCGGGCUUCACCAUUCACUCCGUUCUCCACAAGAGAAGGCCGGAUAUCAACGCUGCCUGCCACAUGCACAGCCCGUACGGCCGAGCAUGGAGCACUUUCGGACGUCCCAUUGAUAUGCUAAAUCAAGACUCGUGCAUGUUUUACAAUGAUCUCUCAGUCUACCAAGGAUUCGGCGGCGUGGUACUAGCAAAGGAAGAGGGCGAGCACAUUGCCGAAGCCCUCGGUCCUACCAACAAGAACAUCAUCUUACAGAACCACGGCCUCCUUACCGCCGGCGGGACGGUGGCCGAGGCGGCCGCUUUCUUCAUCGCCCUCGAGCGCUGUUGUCAGGCUCAGUUUCUUGUUGAGCAAGCUGUUGCUCCUGGCACUAACGGCGCUGCCGGUGGGCUGGAGAAGAGGUUUGUUGGCGACGAGGAGGCACAGUACACAAAGGAUGGCACCGGUACACCUGAAGUCAUGUAUAUGCAGUUUGUGCCGGAGUAUCAAUUAAUCCUGAAGGAAUCGGGAGGUGAUUUUCUAUCAUGA